AUGGAUAGAGUAUUUAAAUGCAAUAUCUACAGUAACUGGAGAAAUGCACAUUUACAUGCUGGGGGAGCUUGGAUCACACGAGAUAAAGCUGGAACUGUGAAGCACCACAUUCGGGACGCAUUCACGAGCUCAUCUUACAAAUUCAUGGCUGAGCUGAGAUGUCUCGAAUGGGAGCUCAUAGAAGCAGUUAAGAAGCCGUCAAGCGGGCCCAGGUUUCGAAUAAUACUUCAAAGGAUUUCAGUUCUCUGCUCUGAUUUCCAAAUGGUAGCCUUUGAAGCUGAAACAGGGGUGUCCAAUCAAAUAGCAAAGGCCAUUGCGAAGAGUGUGCUGAGGGAUGAAAUGAUGCAAUCAUAUCUUGCUUUAGGAUGCCCUGCUUGGUUGCAUGAUCGAAUUCAUAUGGAGACUCCUGUCGAUGAAUCAUAG